AUGUUUUCGUCACUCACAACGCGCUCGACUGCAGUUCGCGUGGUCAGGUCACCCUUUACCGCCACCACCGCUGCGUUUCGACGAGCCUCCAACAAGAGAACUCUUACAACAACAGGCUCUGCCAACAACAAUUACACGACGGCUAUCUCGACAGCUCCCAGACAUGGUCUUUUGGUCACCGCGUACGCCCUCCAAGGAUCCCGAUCUGUGCCAAAGAUGGCUUCCCGUUUGGGUGCUAUCCGCCUGUACGCGCAAGGAGGGCCACAGGGAUUUCGGAUUCAGCCUACUCCCCAGCAGAGUGAGAAGGGCAAGGCCCUUGAACAGUUCGGUACCGAUCUGACAAAGCUCGCCAGUGAAGGCAAGCUCGAUCCCGUCAUUGGACGCGAAGAAGAGAUUCGUCGAACCAUUCAAGUGUUGUCGCGUCGUACAAAGAACAACCCGGUGCUGAUCGGAGAGGCUGGUGUGGGAAAGACCAGUAUUGCAGAGGGUCUCGCUCAGAGAAUCGUCAAUGGCGAAGUCCCCGAGUCGAUCAAGGACAAACGAGUCAUCUCGCUGGAUUUGGGUGCGUUGGUUGCUGGAGCCAAAUACAGGGGCGAGUUUGAGGAGAGAUUGAAAGCGGUGUUGCAGGAUGUGACGGAACAGGAGGGUAAGAUCAUUUUGUUUAUUGAUGAGCUGCACACUUUGUUGGGACUGGGAAAGUCUGAAGGAGCGAUGGAUGCAGGAAACAUGCUCAAGCCCGCGUUGGCCAGAGGGACUCUGCACUGCUGUGGAGCCACGACCAUUGAUGAGUACCGCAAGUAUAUCGAGAAGGACCCCGCAUUGGCCCGUCGAUUCCAGUCCGUCAUGGUCACCGAGCCCUCUGUCGAGGAUACUAUCUCGAUUCUGCGUGGAUUGAAGGAACGGUAUGAAGUUCAUCACGGAGUCCGAAUUGCGGAUUCUGCUCUUGUUGCGGCUGCAGUUCAAAGUCACCGAUAUAUCACGGACCGGUUCUUGCCCGAUAAAGCGAUCGAUCUGGUGGAUGAGGCCUGCUCCAAGCUUAGACUGCAGCAGGAGAGCAAGCCUGAUGUGAUUGAGAGUUUGGACCGUGGUAUUGUGACCAUGGAGAUUGAGCUCGAGAGUUUGAAGAAGGAGACUGAUCCACUUUCGGUCUCGAGACGCAACAAGCUGGAGGAUGAUCUGACCAAGAGGAAACAAGAGUCCCAGCGAUUGACGCAAAUCUGGAAGGAGGAGAGAGAGAAGCUGGACAAGAUCAAGAGCACCAAGGCGGAAUUGGAGCAGGCCCGUAUUGAUUUGGAGGCAGCUCAGCGCAAGGGAGACUUUACGCGCGCUUCAGAGCUUCGUUAUGGAGUCAUCCCCACAUUGGAAGCCAAGCUGCCUAAGGAGGAGACGGUCCCUAUGGAGGCCAUUGAGGGAGCAUUGAAUGACACCGAGGCGCCUGAACAGCCUAUGCGACCCUUGGGAACUCAGGAGGAAGUCGAGAGUUUGAUCCACGAGCGUGUUACCGCCGACGAUAUCUCGCGCGUCGUUGCUCGCAUGACUGGCAUUCCUGUCCAGAACUUGUUGAAAGGCGAGAAGGAGCGCUUGUUGGGCAUGGAGUCGGCGCUGGCAGAGCGUGUGGUUGGUCAGGAUGAGGCCAUCUCUGCGGUUGCCGAGGCUGUGCGCUUGAGCCGUGCUGGACUCUCUAGCCCUACUCGUCCCAUUGCCUCAUUCCUCUUCCUCGGACCUACCGGUGUCGGAAAGACGGAAUUGUGCAAGGCGAUUGCCAAGUUCUUGUUCGACACCGAGAAUGCGAUCGUACGAAUCGACAUGUCGGAGUAUAUGGAAAAGUUCUCGACCUCUCGUCUCAUUGGCGCCCCGCCCGGAUACGUCGGUCAUGAGGAAGGUGGUGAACUGACCGAGGCGAUCCGUCGUAAACCCUACUCGGUCAUUCUUUUCGAUGAGAUGGAAAAGGCCAACAAGGAUGUUUUCAACUUGAUGCUCCAGGUCUUGGACGACGGUCGGUUGACGGAUUCGCAGGGCCGGACCAUCAAUUUCAGGAAUACGAUUAUUAUCAUGACAUCCAACUUGGGAGCCGAUAUGCUGGCCCUCGCUGAGGAUGAUGCCUCAGCCAGGACGCCUUCCUUGGCCGGUAAGCUGGCCAAGAGGACGCACGGGUCGGCCGAUGAUGAGGGUAAGGUGACAGAGGAGGAGAAGGAGGCCGUCAUGCAGGUCGUCCGUCGCCAUUUCGCGCCCGAGUUUGUGAACCGUAUCGACGACAUGGUGGUCUUCAACCGCCUCUCCCACAGUGCGAUCCGGGAUAUUGUCGAUGUUCGUCUGAAGGAAGUCCAGGCCCGUGUGGAGGACCGUCGGAUCUCGAUUGAGGCUGACCCCGAGGCCAAGGAAUGGUUGGCCAACCGGGGUUAUUCUUCUGCAUAUGGUGCACGUCCUCUGAACCGUGUGAUCCAGAAGCAGUUGUUGCAGCCAUUGGCAAAGUUGAUUAUUGAGGGCAAGGUCAAGGUUGGAGAGCAAGUCGAUGUCAAGGUCGAGAACGAUCAACUCAAGGUCUGCCCCCAUCCUCUUCGCAAGUAA